AUGGUCGAGGCCUCCAUUCGCAGCGCGUCCAAGGGCUCUGCUGGACGAGCGCCGCCAACUGCGCCCGACGAGUUGGCCGCACUGGCCUCCGUGGACGACGCGACGGUUCCGUCCCUGGCUGCUCUGGCCCACGAGGUGCGCCUCGCCUGGGCGGGCCCCAUGGUGGAGGUGGAGGGCAUCCUGUCGGCCAAGACCGGGGGCUGUCCCGAGGACUGCCAUUUCUGCAGCCAGUCGGCCGCGUUCGAUACGCAAGUCAAGGCCACCCCGUUCCUCGACACCACCGAAGUGCUGACCGCGGCCCGCGAGACCGCAGCACUGGGGGCAAGCGAGUUCUGCAUGGUGCUGGCUGUGCGGGGACCGGACCGCCGCACCUUGGACCGGCUCAUCGAGCUGACCGCGCUGGUGUCGGCCGCUACCGGCCUGAAUGUGGCGGUGAGCGCCGGCAUCCUCACCCGGGAGCAGGCCUUCGAGCUGGCUGCGGCCGGAGUGCACCGCUACAACCACAACCUGGAGACGAGCCGCUCCUUCUUCGGCGAAGUCGUCACCACCCACAGCUUCGACGAGCGGGUGGACACCUGCGAGUACGUGCGCGAGGCCGGAAUGGAGCUGUGCUGCGGCGUGCUGCUGGGCAUGGGCGAGAGCAUCGAGCAGCGUCUGGAGUUGAUCGAGCAGAUCCGAGCGGUGGAGCCCUGCGAGGUGCCCAUCAACUUCUUGAACCCCCGUCCGGGCACGCCCCUGCAGAUCCGCAAGCCCGUCGGGGCGCUGGAGGCGAUCCGCUGGAUCGCGCUGUUCCGGCUGGCAUUGCCGUCGGUGAUCCUGCGCUACGCCGGCGGACGGGAGAUCACCCUGCGCGACCUGCAGGCCAUGGGCAUGACCUCAGGAAUCAACGCGCUGAUUGUGGGCAACUAUCUCACCACGCUGGGCCGCUCGCCCCAACAGGAUCUGGACAUGCUCGCGAGACCUGCGCAUGCCCAUAGGCAGCCUGUCGGCCGCGGUUUGAGCGCAAGGGGCGGGGUACUGCCGCGGCUGCGGGCGCCGCGACUGCUCCGGCUGCCUGCCUGA